AUGUCGAUGCCUACCAGCGCUCCGGGCCUGGUUGUUAUUAUUCCAGAUGGUCCCUUAUAUGAAGUGCCUUUUCCCGCCUUACAAGAUCCUCGCACGGGAAAGUAUUUGUCAGAGACAAAGCGCAUUAGACUUGCUCCUUCACUGGCAACCUUAAAGCAUCUUGAAGACUUCCCAACAGACCGAUUCAGCGAUGCCAAGMCUUUGAUUAUUGGUGAUCCUUUAGUUGGGAAAGUUAUGAUGAAUGGAGAAGAACUGGAUAUUGGACGUUUGCCAGGUGCACAAGCAGAAGCAAUCGUAAUAGCUAAUAAACUUGGUGUUAAGCCACUAAUAGGCGAAGCAGCCACAAAGGUGGUYGUCCUAGAGAAACUACAAAAGGGGGUAUCUGUUGUUCACAUUGCUGCACAUGGUAUCCUAUCAAAAGCUACCAUCGUACUUGCACCUUCUCCUGAGGUAAGAGCAACAAAGAUACCAGAUGAAGAAGAUUACAUGCUGACCAUGGCUGAAGUGCAGCAGGCUCAAGUACGUGCACAGUUAGUUGUGUUAAGCUGCUGUCACAGUGGACGUGGUGAAAUCAGAGCUGAAUGAGUAACUUGGUAUGUGUCGAG